AUGAAAGAAAAAAGAAAACGAAUGAUGUCAAAUGAAGGUGUUCUAGCAGUAGUUACUGAUUAAAUUCUUACAGAAAAUAAAGCUAAACUUAAAAAAUUAACUAAAAAAUAAAUUUAACAAUUAAAAGAAAAUAAAUUAAAUCAAUCAGAUUCAUCAAUAGAGAUUAUUGAAAAGAAAAGUCCUUUGAAAUGUUAAAAAAAGAUUAAAGUUACAUAAGAAGCAUUGGAAAGAUUUAUAAAAAGAACAUUCAUAAUUAUUAGUGAUGAUGAGGCUUAAAACAAUGAUAUUGGUAAUAAGCAAGUAUUAUUAAUAUGAAAAAAAUUAGAGCCUAAAUUAAGAAUAAAUGAAAAAUUAAUCAAGUUCAAGUUCAAGAUCAUCAUCAUUUUUAUCUUUUUCAUCUAGUAGCAGUAUUUUAUAAUAAUAUGAAAAGAGAGAGAAAUUUAAAUAAUAUUAAAAUCAUGGUUGA